ACGACUAAGACUCUUAAGUCGGGAGAAGUUUGCGCACAGCUCACAGCUGGGCGAGGGAAGGAAGGCGCCGGGCCAGCCAGCCCCCCAGAGGCUGGGUGGGCUGCGCGGCGCGGCCGGAGGACCUUCCUGGGUUGGAGAGGUCUGCACCUCACCCUGCAGCUGACAUCUCCUGCUCAGCAGACAGGGGCUGAAGCGUGAGUUUCCGAGUCUCUGGAGUCACCAACUGCGAAUUUCCUUCUCUUCCAACAUGAGGAAGUGUCCAGCCGAAAUUGUGCUAGGAAUUAGAAGGUCGUAUGUCAAAACAAAAAUGAAAUUCACCCUUACUCGCUGGUGCUUCAUAUUCUUCAUCUUUCUAAAUCACCCAACCCCAGUCCUUCCUUCCAUUGCAAAUGACUCCUUUCCUCCAGGACUAGAAUCGGAGCCAUUUCUGUACGUCGUGGGACGAAGGAAAAUGAUGGAUGCACAGUUAAAAUGCUAUAAUCGAAUGCAACAGUUACCCCCAUACCAGGGAGAAGGUCCAUUUUGCAACCGUACCUGGGAUGGAUGGUUGUGCUGGGAUGACACACCGGCUGGAGCAGUGACCCAACAGCAGUGCCCAGACUAUUUUCCCGACUUUGAUCCAAUAGAAAAGGCUACAAAAUACUGUGAUGAAAACGGGUUUUGGUAUAAACAUCCUGAGAACAACAAAACCUGGUCUAACUAUAGUAUGUGUAAUGCUUUCACUCCUGAUAAAGUGAAGAAUGCAUACGUUCUGUACUACUUGGCUAUUGUGGGUCACUCUGUUUCGAUUCUCACCUUAGCGGCUUCUCUGGGGAUUUUCAUGUUUUACAAGAACCUUGGCUGCCAAAGGGUAACUCUGCAUAAGCACAUGUUUCUGACUUAUAUUCUGAAUUCCAUGAUUAUCAUCAUCCACCUGGUUGAAGUGGUACCCAACGGAGAGCUCGUGAGAAGGGAUCCGCUGAGCUGCAAGGUUUUGCAUUUUUUCCACCAGUACAUGAUGGCUUGCAAUUAUUUCUGGAUGCUCUGUGAAGGGAUCUACCUUCACACAAUGAUCGUGGUGGCCAUGUUCACCGAGGAACAGCACCUGCGCUGGUAUUAUCUCCUUGGCUGGGGGUUCCCGUUGGUGCCAACCACUAUCCAUGCUGUUAGCAGGGCACUGUACUUCAAUGACAACUGCUGGCUGAGUGUGGAAACCUAUUUGCUUUACAUCAUCCACGGCCCUGUCAUGGCAGCAUUAGUGGUCAACUUCUUCUUUCUGCUGAACAUUGUCCGUGUGCUCGUGAAGAAAAUGAGGGAAACCCAGGAGGCUGAUCCACACAUGUACCUGAAGGCCGUGAGGGCCACUCUGAUCCUGGUGCCCCUGCUGGGGAUCCAGUUCGUCGUCUUUCCCUGGAGACCUUCCAACAAGAUUCUUGGGAAAAUCUACGACUACCUGAUGCACUCUCUGAUUCAUUUCCAGGGAUUCUUCGUUGCGGUGAUCUAUUGCUUCUACAACAACGAGGUCCAAACCACCGUGAAGCGCCACUGGGCCCAAAUCAAAUUCCAGUGGGAGCAGCGCCGGGAGAGCCGCAACCCCCGGCGCCCCAAUUUUCAUGCUGCAGCUGCAGCUGCAGCGGCUGCCGAGGCUGAGGCGGGCGAUAUCCCCAUCUACAUCUGCCAUCAGGAGCCCAGGAACAUGGAGCCCGCCAUCAUCCUGGGCGAGGAGGGUGCUGAGGUCAUCCCUAUGGAAAUCAUCGAGCAGGAGUCAUGCGCUUAAAUGUGAAGCAAAUAGAGCUUUGUGAUAUCUGAGCCUUCAUGUCCUGGGAAAAUGACCAACCAUGCGUUUCAAGUGAUCUCCAUCCACCCAGGCGCUAAACAUCAUUUGUGAAGAAUUAUUAAGUGAUUUUGUCCAUAGUGAAUCUGAAGAGAGUUCUUCUUGGUACUAUUGCUAUGGGAGACAGUCUAAGGAAUGGAGUCUCCCACUGCCACACUUGUAAAUUCCAUCUUUCAUUCAGAACUGAAAUGCAGGUGUAAUGCAAGCAAAGUAUCCAAGAAAAACACAAUUAAAUUGACCUAGUUCAAAUACAGGGUGCUCCUUGUUAAUCUUGAGCCAUUUAUACCUUUGAAAAAUUAAAAUCACUGUCAAUGUUUUUCUUUUUAACUCUAAAUUUUGAAUUCAAAUAUUUCUGUAUUUGGCUAUGGAUCUGAGUUUUAAUUUCUUUAUUUCAAUCAUUUGUGAGGCUACUCACAUGUUUUACCAUCCACACAUAUAAAUCAUGUAAAUUGCGACAUGACCUCUGCAAGACAAGUGGCUUUCUAAUGUAGAGAUGACUAAGAAUGUGGAGAUAAAGACCUGCACUUGGCAGGAAGAUGUAAUGCUUUGAAUGAAAAAGAAAUUUAGAGUCAAUUUGAUCGAAACAUUAAAUGGGCCAAUUUGUUCAUUGUAUGCUCAGGCUGGUUUUGGAUACCCCUGUCCACGGGGCAGCCCUAACUGCUGUAAGGAACCGGUUUUCAUGUUGAAUGUGCUUUGGUCACUGACAUUUAUCAAUUGGGAGGUCACAGAAUCCUUCGCUAAAUUUUUCACAAAACUGCCAAAUACAUAAUUCCUAGUGGAAGAGAAUACUCUUUACAGAGUUUUCUACUUUCCUAAGCUCCAGGACUUAUAAAGCAAACCACUCCAAAAUUUAUAAAGCAGAUUACCUCUUACCCUUGGGUGCUAUCUAGCAGUAAAAGAUAAAUUUACGACUGGUAAUUAAAAGACUCCAUAUAAGUCCAUUAACUGCCUUCCACCCAGCUUCAAAGCUGAACAAGAUCUCCGUCUUUCCCAGGAAGAUUCAUUAGGGCUAAUUAGAAAUCAGUUUGUAGUUGACCUCUUGUUGGUUGCUAUUAGCAAAACCAGAGGGAGUAAAAAUGUAACCGCCAGAAGUUUAACCAUAUACCAAGUCAUUUAAAAUAAAAGUAGUUUCUCAUUAAAAUCUUCCUCAGUAUAAAAUCUUCAAAAAUCCCUGAAUCAAUCAGUAUCAUUACUAGCACAUGAAAUUAAUUUGUGGAUUUUCCAAAGCAAUCGGUUACUGUUACUUAAUUUAUAUGCUAAAUGAGGAGAUACAUUGAAACCCUCCAAAUCUCAAAACUCUCAUCUAUGUCAUCUUAUGCCACUGGCUUUCAGAAGUGAUUCAGUUGAGGAAAGAAAAAAAAAAUUGAUUUGUUCUGCUUACAUAUUUAGUGCACCCCCCCAAAAAAAAAAAAGAGAAAAUAUUCUUUUCAGAAAAUAUAUAUUCUUUCAGAAAAUAUUUUGGAUACUAAAGUAGUUUAAGUCUCCUUUAUUGACUGUAAAGGAGGAGUUAAAGAGAAGGUAUUUUUCCAAUCACAGUGUUUAUGUAGUGAUGUUUCUAUUUUUGUUUACAAACAUGGAAAACAGUGUAUUCCUGGCAGCUCUAGUACAAAUGUGAUAAUAUAUUGCUGAAAUAUUCUAGAUGUUAUUGAGCUAAUAUAGUAGGGGCUGAAGAAAACAAAAUAGCUUACUAUAGAAUUGUGCAUA